AUGGCAGAAGCAGAAAAAGUUAACGGGAAUGCAUUAAGAAUGGAGGAUUAUGGAACAAUAUCGGGAAUGCCUGAAUCAAAAAUGUCUGACGAUAGACUGGGAUUCAUGGGCAGGGAUGAGCUGGAGGUAGGCAUGACUGACGAUGGUUCACAUAUGAAGACAGGCUAUGACCCUACUGCUGAUAAAGCUUGUUACUUCAAUGAUGGCAAACGUAGAAUAGAUUUUAUUUUGGUGUAUGAAGAAUGUGUGGCUGAAGUAGCAAAGAAAAUAGAAUCAAAUGAUGACGAGGAUGGUGUUAGAAAGAGACAAAAAGACAAAUCAGACAAGGAGAAAAAAGAAUCUUGGAGAAAAAAGUUUCUUAUUAAUUUACAACGAGCUGGGCUUGAACUUGAGGAGGAUGUUGUGCAAGGAGAGAAAAAGAUGACGUUUUACCAGAAAAUUUACGCCCCUUGGGAUGUGCUGUGUUUUUAUGCUGAAGACCUCAAUAUGCGAGCUCCAUUACAGGCUCAUCCCAAUCCAACAGAUAACUGGUCAGCCAAAGUGUUACGUAAGCUACACAUCCCAAAUAUAAUGGACUCUGAUGUGCCCAACCAUCCAUUAGACUAUUUCACAUGCCCAUUUAGAAAGUCAAAGAUAGACAGGUUCCUGGGCAGUGAAAAUCAUGACACUUACUUCACACAUACUCAGCGUCAUCGUGUAGUUUACGAGAUCCUGGCAACUUCCACAUACGGCAAAAGAAAACGUGCAGAAAUUGGAAUUGAUCGUUUGUUAGAAGAAGAUGUUUUCACCGCAGCAUUUCCGUUGCAUGACGGACCAUAUGAGAAGCCAACGCAUUAUGUGUCCGAUGAUUGUCUGAACCCACGGCAGAUCCUCAGAGAAUACUGGGCAAGGUGGGGAGUAUGGUACAAAUAUCAGCCCUUAGACCAUAUACGAGAAUACUUUGGAGAGAAAAUAGGAAUAUAUUUUGCAUGGCUAGGGUUUUAUACAGCAUGGUUACUUCCUGCGGCUGUAGUGGGGCUUCUAGUCUUCCUCUAUGGGAUAUUUACAAUGAGCAUAGACCCAGUCUCACAAGAGAUCUGUAACAGUAAUGCUACAUUCAAGAUGUGUCCACUCUGUGAUGAGGAUGUAGGUUGUGAAUAUUGGAACCUCUCUGACGUUUGCAUGUACACAAAGAUAAGCUACCUGUUUGAUCAUCCAGGCACGGUCUUCUACGCCAUAUUUGUGUCAUUCUGGGCUGUAGCAUUCCUAGAGUACUGGAAGAGGAAGAAUGCCAGUCUUGCCCAUCAUUGGGACUGUAUGGACUUUGAGGAAGAAGAUGAACGUCCCAGACCAGAGUAUAAUGCGCUAGCACCAGACUUUGAGAAGAAUCCAGUUACUGGGGUGAGGGAACCACAUUUCCCUGAAAGGAAAAGACUCUAUCGUAUCAUCACGGGUGCUGCAGUCAUUAUCAUCAUGAUAGUGGUAGUCAUCAUAUUCAUAAUAGCUGUGAUAAUGUACCGAGUGCUCAUUGCCAUUCCACUGUUCCAAAAUCCACUGUUAAGGAGCAAAGCCUCAGUCAUUGCCAGCAUGAGUGCUGCUAUUGUCAAUCUUAUACUCAUUAUGGCUCUUGGUAGAGUCUAUGAAAAACUAGCUUAUAAACUUACUCAAUGGGAAAUGCAUCGGACCCAAACUGAGUUUGAAGAUCAGCUAACAUUUAAAGUUUUUGUGUUCCAAUUUUUUAACUUCUACUCAUCAAUAUUCUACAUAGCUUUCUUCAAGGGAAGGUUUGUGGGCUACCCUGGCCAUUAUAACACUAUAUUGGGGCUAAGGAACGAAGAGUGUAAUAAUGGAGGGUGUCUCAUAGAACUUGCUCAACAACUAGCCGUCAUCAUGGUGGGUAAACAAACCAUUAACAAUGCCCAGGAGAUUUUUAUCCCGAAGGUGAAGGCUCAGUUGCGGAAGUGGAAAUUAGGGACAGGGAAGAAUGUUGAGAAAUCUCGCUGGGAGGAAGACUAUGAGCUCAUAGAGGAUGAGGGACUAUUCUCAGAAUAUCUAGAAAUGGUGCUCCAAUUUGGUUUCAUCACAAUAUUCGUGGCUGCAUUUCCCCUAGCACCACUAUUUGCUCUCUUAAACAACUGGAUUGAAAUACGCCUUGAUGCUGCCAAGUUUGUGACAGAGAAUCGACGGCCUGUUGCGGAAAGAGCUCAAGAUAUAGGGGUCUGGUUCACUCUCCUGGAUUCCUUAGCUCAACUGGCUGUAGUCAGCAAUGCGUUUCUGAUAGCAUUCACAUCGGAGUUCCUGCCCAAGAUACUCUACAGAUACCAGUAUGACUCUGAACUAAAGGGCUAUGUGAACUUCUCACUGGCUACAUCACCCAAUGGAACACUAUCUCAAACUUGCAGAUAUAAAGGGUUCCGAGACGAUAACGGAGAGUAUUCAUUGUUCUACUGGCAUUUACUGGCUCUCAGACUGGGCUUUGUAAUACUGUUUGAGCACAUUGUGUUUGGUAUUGGGAGGUUGAUAGACUUCAUGGUGCCAGAUGUUCCAGAGAGUCUAGAAAUCAAGAUAAAGCGAGAGAAAUACCUAGCCAAACAGGCACUGCAGGACUCCGAGGCCCUUGUUUUGACAGCUGAUGGUGCAGAUGAUGCUAAACCAGACUCAACCACACUCCAAGUUCCAACUGUAUAACUUGGAAAUACAUUAUCCCAAUCAAAUUGGAGAACAUACAGAUUUAAAGUGUCAUCCAGCACAGAAUGUGUCAUCACAUUACACAGAGCGUGUCAUCACUUGGUCAGCUGACGCUUUAGCACAUGAUUGUAUGGUGACAACAUACAAAGUAUUAAUCACAUAGUGACAUACUGAGUAUGACCAUAGUGACAGUGUAACCAUAGAUACAGAGUGUGCUAUCUUAGUAGAACAUACUUAAUAAUCUCACAGUGACUAUCUAACCAGUCGCAGAGUGACAAAAUAAGAAAUCAAACAGUGAUAAACUAAAAAAUCACCAAGUGACAAGCACAUUGUGACAUACUAGUAAGCACAUAGUGACGGUGAGUGUUCAGAUGAGAAACUGAUGACACAAUAGCAGAAGAUAAUCUUGAUGGUGUUGAGACCAGCGUUACCAUGGAGACAUUACUCAAAGACAUUACCCAUGUGAUCAGUCACUUAAAUUGACCAACAAUCACAGUGGAUAAUUUUACCAAAGCAAUUUGAGAUAAUCUAAACACCUGAAAAUGUGUUUGAGCGAUAUUAUACAAAUACUGGAUGUUCAGGAGCUGGAUAUGGAGGAAUACCUUUUCAAGAUAUGCCUUGCCCAAUAUAUUUUCAAGGAUAGAUAUUCUGGCCAUAUCCAGCUCCUG